AUGACGGCGGAGAGAUCCGAAGCGGCGAUAGCCAAAAUAUCAUUGAAAAGCAGAAGAAUUGGAUCAGAUUCCUCUCUCUCUCUCUCCACCUCCCUCUCUCUCUCCACCUCCCUCGCCACCAACGCUCGCCGGACGCUUCUCUCCGGUCAAUUCUCGCCUCUCGCCACCGAUAAUCGCCUCUCUCCGCCGCCGCCGGUCGCAGGAUUUCAAUCGCAAUUUCAAUCGGUUGUGGUGGAUUUCGGGGGUGGUGGUGGUGGGAUUGGGGGUGGUGGUGGGAUUGGGGGUGGUGGUGACGGGUCAGAGGGUGGUUUUCGGGUGGUGGGGGCGGGUCAGAGGGUGGUUUCGGGUGGUGGGGUGGGUCAGAGGGUUGUUUCGGGUGGUGGGGUGGGUCAGAGGGUUGUUUCGCGUGGUGGGGGUACGUUAGGGGGGUGGUUUCGGGUGGUGGGGGUGGGUCAGAGGGGUGGUUUUCGGGUGGUGGGAGUAGGUCAGAGGGUGGUUUCGAGUGGUGGGGGUGGGUUAGGGGGGUGGUUUUGGGUGGUGGGGGUGGGUCAGGGGGGGUGGGUCAGGGGGGUGGUCUCGGGUGGUGGGGGUGGGUCAGACGGUGGUCUUGGGUGGUGGUUGGGUCAUGGGGUGGUAUCGGGUGGUGGUGGUGGUUUCGGGUGGUGGUGGUGCAAGUGGCUAUGUGGUGGUUCAGGUGACCUUUGGGUGUUAUAA